AUGCCUCGUUCCUUCCUGGUCAAGAGUAAAAAGGCCCAUACUUACCAUAAGCCUAGGGCCCAGCAAGAUGAUCUACUCUGGACUCAUAUCCCCACCUCAGCUACCACCAAUCAGGUCCUAGGGGAAAACAACACCUUUAAUAGCCAAAACCAAUGCCCAGAAUGGCAUCAAUCCAAAGAAGAUCAUAACAAGGACCGAUGUCUGACCAGGACCACCUCAGUUCCAGAGACUUCCGUCUUGACUCUCCAGGCCCAGGACCAUAACUUAUCCCCUGUCCCACCCCACUACUACAAACCCAGCUUCUCUUGGGAUGCCUUCUCUUCCCCUUAUGGCUAUGGACAGAUCACCUCCACCAUGCAAUCUGCCUUCCUAGAGAACUCAGUAAGCUUGUAUGGCAGCUCAUUGGUCCCCAGCUCUGACCCUCCCUUGGACUACAGCCUCCAUUACUCCCCGGGCAUGGAUGCCUAUCACUGUGUCAAGUGCAAUAAGGUGUUUUCUACCCCCCAUGGACUGGAGGUUCAUGUCCGGAGGGCCCACAGUGGGUCGCGACCAUUUGCUUGUGAAGUUUGUGGCAAAACCUUUGGCCAUGCAGUCAGUCUUGAACAACAUGCUCAUAUCCACUCCCAGGGGAUCCCAGCUGGGUCCAGUCCUGCUCAAACGUUCACAAUAAACGACCCUGAGGUCCUGCCUGCACCUGACCCUCCGGGGCCCCGUUUCCUCCGGCAGGAGAGGAGCUUUGAAUGUAAGAUGUGUGGCAAAACCUUCAAGCGCUCCUCCACCCUGUCCACCCAUCUCCUCAUCCAUUCGGACACACGGCCUUAUCCCUGCCAAUAUUGCGGCAAGCGCUUCCACCAGAAGUCAGACAUGAAGAAGCACACCUACAUCCACACUGGCGAGAAACCCCACAAGUGUCAGGUGUGUGGGAAGGCAUUCAGCCAGAGCUCCAACCUGAUCACCCACAGUCGCAAACACACGGGCUUCAAACCCUUUAGCUGUGAGCUCUGUGCCAAGGGCUUCCAGCGCAAGGUAGACCUCCGGCGCCACCGGGAGAGCCAACACAGUCUGAAAUGA